AUGUUUUCACCUCGUUCAAAUUAGUAAACACCAACUCAAAGAAAAAUAGGAAGGAAAAUGACAGAAUCAUCGCACAAAUCUUCAAGAAAAAUUGAAAUCUAAGCUUUACCUUCUGGUAUCAGAAUAAUAAUUUCUGAAUCAAUUCUUACAUAAAAUCAUAUAUCAUCCAUUAGAGAUUGUUUAAUUAAAUAUCUAAAAUAUGAAGGUAGAAUUAUAAAAUCUAUGAUUAGAUUCCUUUUAAAAAUUAAGACCUGUAGAUAUUCAAAUUAUGAAUGAAUAUGCUUUGACAUAAGUUUCAUUUGUUAAAGAAUUUAGUGAGAAAAAAGAAUUAAUUGUUAAUAUGCUCUUACAUCUCUUUUUUUACAGAAAUGCUAAAUAUAUCAAAUAAUGUUUUUAAGAAAAGAAUUAAGCUGAUGAUAUCAAAGAAUUCUAAAGAUUAUUAAUUUUCCACAAAAAUGAAUUAAAUUCCUUAGAAGUUAGAACUCUUUUAACUUGGCUUAAUGAUUAUAUUGCUCAUUAUGAUUUAUUCUAUUUUAAAGCAUUAUCCGAUGAUGGAUUAGAUAUUAUUUAUAAUGUUGUUUUGGAUAUUCCAACUUUUGUACCUCCAUUAUCUUAAGCAAAUUUUAUACCUUAAAAUGUAUUUGAAUUUCUUAAUUUAGAAUAAAUAAUAUGCAGAUGUUGAUUCAGAAGAGGAAGAAAAAUAUGCUAAAAGAAGAAAUAAAUUAGAAAAAGAAAAUUAAGAUAUAGAAGAUGAAUAGUAAGAAAAUUAAGAGUAAAUUGCUUAAUAAGAUAAUGAAUAGAAAAAACCAAAUGAAUUUGAAGAAUAUAUAUAAUAAUAAGUCUUUGGAACUUCAUAACAAUUAUUUUAAAAGAUAGAAGAAUAGAAUAAAAUAAUUAUUGAAUAAGUUGAAAAAGAAAACAAUAAAAAAAAAAAAUGA